AUGGCAGGAAUUAGAUAUUCAGAUGAUUUGUAUGGGGUACGAGCUACAAUAAAUGUGUAUGAGACAAAGGUGAAGAAAGAUAGCAAGGAUAUUAGUCAAUCAAUACUAAUUGAUAAUGGACCAAAGGGUCACGAAGAAGGUGUAGGUGCUUGUUAUUCGGUAGCUCCAAGCAUCACUGGUGAUAGCUUUGCGAGGUUUCAUGUUGUUUGGCGCGAUGGCAAACUACACAAGCCCUGCUACGAUCACGUAUGUCCUGGUUUUGUGCAAGUUAGUCACCGUGUUGGUCUUGGAGGAAGAGUACUUCCGGUUUCAGUCUACAAUGGACCACAAUAUGUGAUAGACAUUUACAUUUUCAAGGACCCCAAAACGGCGAAUUGGUGGCUGAUGUAUGGUGAAGAAAAGACACCGAUUGGAUAUUGGCCAAGUUCACUCUUCUCUCACAUUAAAGAUAAAGGAAUUUUCUCAUACUGGUGUGGUUUUGUUCAGGGCCCAACAGCUUCAUCAGACUCCCCACAAAUAGGUAGUGGGCAUUUUGCCGCUGAAGGGUAUGGAAAAGCAGCUUUUAUGAGAAACAUCCAGAUUGCUGACAUCAACAACAAGCUUGUCACUCCAAAUAGACACAAAGACCUUCUUGGAACUAGUGAUAAAAUGAAAUAUAGUAUUGAUGGUUAUGUAGUUGAUAAUCAUGGUAUGCAUAUGUACUAUGGUGGACCAGGUAAUUUAGUCUGA